GUGUCACGUGGGUAGCUGCCCCGGCCCGUGAUUGGAGGACGGUGUUCCGCAUGCACACGUCCUCGCUAUUCCACAAGAGCACGUUCGAUUCCCUGACAGCUCGCAGCGGGGGAAAGGGUCGAGUCUCACAAAGCAACCACGAUGGCUUCGAGGUCAUUCGACAUCGACGCGCCGCGAUGGGAUCAGUCGACGUUCAUGGGCCGACUCAAUCACUUCUUCAACGUCACGGACUGGCGGACGGUGGUCCUGCCUGACUCGCGCUUGGAUGAGGCCAAAGCUUUAGUAGCGCAGUGCAGGGCGGGGUCCGUCCCCCCCGGCACCACAGAGGAGCAGCUCCACUACGCCAAGAAGCUGUACGACUCGGCCUUCCACCCGGACACCGGAGACCGCAUGAACCUCAUCGGCCGCAUGUCCUUCCAGGUGCCCGGAGGCAUGGCCAUCACCGGCUUCAUGCUGCAGUUCUACAGAACAGUUCCUGCUGUGGUGUUCUGGCAGUGGGUGAAUCAGUCCUUCAACGCUCUGGUCAACUACACGAACCGCAACGCUGCGUCUCCCAUCACUCCCAAGCAGAUUGGCGUAGCCUACGUCACAGCGACCAGCACCGCGCUGGCAACCGCAGUGGGACUCAACCUGUACACAAAGAAAGCUCCUCCUCUCGUGGCUCGCUGGGUCCCCUUUGCAGCCGUGGCGUCUGCAAACUGUGUUAACGUUCCCAUGAUGAGGCAACAGGAAAUUCUGAAUGGUAUUGCAGUCACGGACGAAAAUGGCAACAAACUGGGCCACUCCACGAAAGCGGCGGUGAAAGGCAUCACGCAGGUGGUCGUCUCUCGGAUCACCAUGGCUGCACCGGGAAUGAUCAUCCUGCCCAUCAUCAUGCAGAGGAUGGAGAAAUACAAGUUCAUGCAGAGAAUCACGUUUCUCCACGGGCCGAUUCAAGUGAUGCUGGUGGGAGGGUUUUUGGUCUUCAUGGUGCCGGCUGCCUGCUCCCUGUUCCCUCAGAGAUGCUCGAUGGCCGUGUCCAAGCUGGAGCCCGAGCUGAGGGACUCCAUCGUGUCUCGCUAUGGAGACGCUGUGCAACGUGUCUACUUCAACAAAGGCCUCUGAGAGCCGCCUCUCCGCUCGCAGCACUAGAUGGAAAAAAAAUGGUUGGUUGCGUAAUAAUUCUUCAUUUUCUAAUUAUUCCGAGAUCAGCCAUGCCCCUUUUUUUUAUCAUUUUUUCGGUUUGAACUAGGUAUGUUAUCGAACAUCAAACCGAUACAAGUGGCGCUGUGUGCUCCUGUUGAGAAACCAAAUGAUCUCCUCUCAGAAACUGCACAUUACUUUGUCUGAUCAGAACCAGUUUGUCCUUCAUGACUUUAGUCGUUUUCAUUGCCUUUGUGUUUGUCUUUCUCCUCGCUGUUUACGAUCUGUGCCUUUUGUCAAAGCGUCAGGAGCAACUACACUGCUGUAUUUCUUCUCCUUUAAACCAGCUUUACUUUGAAACCAGAGGAAUACGUCUACGCAUAGUUCUGAACUCUGUGAUGGUCAUUCAGUGUGGUAUGGAAGUUUUGUGCGAUUCAAAAGUGGAGGAUACCGCCCUCUUCUGCCGGACUAGAGCUAGAAAUACGACAUGUUUGCAUGAUUCACCAUUCGGUUCAUGUUGCUGUGUGUAAACUCAGACUUGUGCCACAGUCAUCAGUGGAAGAUUGAAUAAAACCACAAGUAUUUGGAAUGUUGA